AAUUUCCCAAACCUACAUUAACUAUGUUGUUACGUUUUUUGUGGAAAUGCUCAAGGAAGAGCAACGUUUGGUCUCUCACUCUUCCGUUUCAAUCUCGGCGACUUGUGAGAGAAAAAAAUGGAGAAAAAGGAAGAAGAUGACACACCACUAAGAGGCAUAUUCUGUCUGAAAACAAGACAAGACAUGAAAAGAUUCGAAGAAACAGAGGAUUGCUUUAUCCUCGAUUUCGAUCCUUUUGAUUCGUUCGACGUUAAAAAACUCACCUUUACCGAUGAUGAUCAUCAUGAAGGUGAUAAAGAUUUAGCCAUUAUCCAUGAAACAGGACAGGUGGCUUGUAGAGAUUAUCCACAUCCAAGACAUUUAUGUUUUAAUUUUCCAUUUGGAUCAACUCCUAAUCCAAGCCAUUGUGAUUUGUGUUACUGUUACGUGUGCGAUAAGCCUGCUCCUUGUGCAGAGUGGAUUAUAUCGACUUCACAUUGCAAUGCUUAUGACUCUACUUCGUGGAAUUUGUGUAGGACAAAGUGAAAUCUGGUUACAUCUAAGGAUUAGAGCUCUUCCUUAAUUAUGACUUCAUCAGUUAGGUAGAUUAAUAGAUUAGGUUUAGGUUCUGGAGAAUUAAUGUGAUGUAAUGACAUUUCCUUAGUAUGAGAUUGUUUAUUAUGCCUUGAA